AUGGGGAAAAAAUCGACUAGGAGCAUCACAUCUGUUGGGUAUCUGUAUCCUUCAGAGGAGAUCAUGCAAGAAUUGUAUGUUAAUUUUGUUCAAGAUAUGGAUCCAGAAGAAGUAGACUUCAUUCCAAGCCUAAUGUUUCAAGUAGAGCAAGCUCACUGGCACUAUGAGGACAAUACAGUAGAUCAAAAUCCUCGUCUCAAGUCCCUUAGCAUAAAGGACUUUACCUAUUUUUUCUUUAAGAGUUGUGAUCUCUUUAAAACUUACCAUGCUAACCAUGUAAAUGAUAUCCUUGAUGAAUUCAUGGCCUUUAAGCAUUCUGUUCCAGUAGCUGGCUCAAUAAUUUUGGACCAGUCUAAGCAGAGGUGUUUGCUUGUGAGGGGCUGGAAGAGUAAUUCUUGGAGUUUUCCUAGGGGAAAGAGGGAAGAUCCAGAUGAAGAAGACCACAUAUGUGCUAUUAGAGAAACCAUGGAAGAGGUAGGAUAUGAUAUAAGUUCCUUUUUGAAUGUCAAUGACCUCAUUGAGCAUUCUCAAGAGAAGCAACGAGUGGUUUUGUAUAUUAUCAAAGCAGUGGAUGAGAAAUAUCCUUUUGAACCAAGGACUAAGAAAGAAGUCAGUGAAAUUGCUUGGCAUCCACUUCGGAUCAUGGGAAGAAAACGCAACAAGUAUUUUAUGGUUGGCCCAUUUCUACGCAAAUUGGAGAAGUGGAUUAAAAGAAAUCCCACGACCUCAUCUACAACACCAUUGAAAGAAAUUGGUGAGAUAUCUACUAUUUGGAAAGCUGAUAAAGAACAAAUUAAUUCGACUCCAAGGAGGUUUUCUAUAACACCCAAUGCUAAAAUUAUAAAUACUCCUAACACUUUUCAAAUGGGUCCUUCAACUAAGUUUAUUAAUUUAAGAAAUCACACAACCUCAUCUACAAUACCAUUGAGUCAAACUAGGGAGAUAUGCACUGUUUGGAAAGCUCAUAAAGAACAAAUUAAUUUGACUCCAAGGAGUUUUUCUAUAACACCCAAUGCUAAAAUGAAUACUCCUAACACUUUUCAAAUGGGUUCUUCAAAUCCUUCUAGAGAGGUUCAAAAUAGUACCCCUAAUUCUACUCAAAAGCGUCCUUCCACUCCUAGAUGGAGUAAAAGUAAUAUCAAUAAUUCUAUUCAAAGGAGUUCUAGUCGUUGUUGGAAUUCUCAAACUACUUCUCCUUAUUCAAGUAGUUCUCCUUAUCCACCACCUAGAUCUCCUUAUCCUAAAACCAACUCUCGUUAUUCAACUACUUCUCCUUAUCCACAUAGAUCUUCAUAUUCAAGUACUUCUCCUUAUCCACCUAGAUAUCAUCAUCCAAAUAGUUCUCCUUAUCCUAGAAGUGCUAUGAAGGCUUCAAAUGGGUCUUUGUGGAUAUAUCGAAAAGUAGAAAAAUAG